CUAGUCACGUCGUACACCCGCUCGACCGUUCAUGUACGACUUCAUGAGGCAUCUGCACGAACUACUCCUUGUACUCGGCCGUGUGGUGUAUGGCUUGGAGGCGGAUGCGGUUGAUCUUUUUAUUCGCUAAGCCCUGCAUGGCGUCUCGCAGCUGUAGCGGAUUGUCUGUUGGCUCCGCAGCCUUCAAUGUCUUGUACUGCACUAGAGAACGUAUAACUCGCGGGUUCCGGCAGCCCUACAGCCGACACACGGUGGGAAGUGGGACCGUUAAUUACGGUCGAACAGACGGAUACACCGUAAGAGUACAGGCACCCCGAUGCGUGAUACGAUCCCGUCGUUGGCAGCCAAAUCGUCGCCAUGCAUCGCGUCGGUCAACAUGCCCAGACCCUUCGGUGCGGCCAGAUCAUUCUUGCUCCGGUAUCCGACAUUCGCUUUGCAAAUGACCGUCACGUCAACCUGACCGCAUUGCGGCACUUCUAUAACAGUUCUCACCGUCCUGGACCACGAAGACGAAUCGCGCGUGAAGUACCCGGCAUCCUCCACGACCUGAAGCCGCCAGCUCGCGAUCAGGUGUUGGGUCGCACUGAAAGCCACGACACCGCCGACGAGGGACCGAUUCCCUCGACGUUGGCUUCAAGCUGACCACGCUAACAUAGCAGCGGAUCGUGUGGAGAGACUGUGG